AUGAGUCGGUUGCCAAGUGAUCUGGGUGCCCGAACCUCUAGAGUUGGUCAUCGGUAUUAUACAUUAUACACGCUAUUGUCGCCUUCGAUGUACGUGACCAACAGCUUGUCAGAGAUCACAUUAGAACACACACAAGAAAGUGGUUGUGUGUUUGACGAUCCGAUUGGCGUAGUGGGUAGUACACCUUCCUCUUGCGCCCGAGGGACUGUACCAAUAAUCGUGAAGCUUCGAAGCAACUAUAUAUCCUGCAUAAUUGAAACUCCUCAGGCGUAUAAGAAGUUGCAGGGUGUUAUACUUUCUUCGAUACUGUUUGCGUAUCGAGAUCGACUAAGAAAAGCAAUUUACCUCAACAGAUUGAAAACAGUUUUG